CCCACUAUCCUAUGUCACACCCACCAAAUUAGUGCUGCCACCCAACAAAAAAGCUAUGCCAUAAAACCAUGUUUUAUAACCAAAAUACCACUAGGUGGGACCUAUCACCACUACACUGAUUGUCCAUAAAUGCCUCUCCCCUACCCUUCGUUCCUUCCCUUUCCUCCUCCCACCUUCCUCCCCUUAAUCUUUUAGCAAUUUUCCGGCCAUCUCCUCCUCCGAUGGAUGUCAUGUUGUCUGCUAUUCCGGCCAUCUCCUUCUCCGAUGGAUCUUUCGGAAACCCAUUCCCGCCUUUCGAAACCGCUUGGGGUUUCCAAGAACCUUUUUUGCCCUUUCAAAACCAAGAACCGGCCUUUUUUCCCAACUCCGGUUUGGAAAACUCAAACCCAAAACCUGUAUCUUCAGACUCCGGUUCUGAUGAACUGAACCGGACUAUGAACAAUUUUAGCCCCGGUUCUGAUGACCCAAACCCCAGCCUGAGCCCAACUACUUCUAAUAUUGACGAGCGGAAGCUCAGGCGGAUGAUAUCAAACCGGGAAUCAGCGAGGCGGUCCCGCAUGCGAAAGCAGAAACAUUUGGAGAACCUGAGGAACCAAGCGAACCGGCUUAGAGUAGGGAACCGGGACCUGAUGAACCGGCUACGGUUGGUGACGCACCACUCCCAACUCAUCCGGGCCGAAAACAAUCGUCUCGAAUCCGAGUCGGCUUUGCUCCGGCAGAAACUAUGGGCCGUACGCCAAGUUUUACUCGUUCGUGAACUCCAACAGUUCACUCCCUCUGCAUGGUCAUGCAAUUCAAUCAUGUCCCUCAAUUUACAAAAUCCAGCGUCAUAGAGUCCGAUAUAAUUCUAUCAUUAAAAAAACCACCUUCAAAAAAAAUAAAAAUAAAUAAAAAUAAAAAUAAAAAAACUCUCUGUCUUUGUAUAAAUUAAAAGGUUGUAGAGGAAAGGAAGUGAUGGGGAUCCCAAUGAUUUUUUGGAAAAUCAUUUGUUUGCAACAUGGUUGUUUUUGGAAAAACCAGAGUUUCAUCACUGUGUGAAGAGUUUUAGUUAAAUGUGAAAAUCGUUUGUUAUCAAAACCAGAGUUUAGUUAAAUGUUUUUUUCAUC